AUUUCAAGCAAAAAAGCCAAUGAAAUCGUCUUUUGGGGCUUUAUGAUUCAAUAUCUGAGAUAACAGGGAACAGCAUUUGCAUUCUUCUUAAAUGAGCACUCGAAAGAGUAUCUCAAAAUAGACUGUUUUGAAUGAAUAGACUAGAACACAGUUAAUUUUAUGAAAGAUUUAUUCAUUGAGUGGUCAUUUGAGCAGAGUGCAAAUGCUGUUCUCUGUUAUCUCAAAUAUUGAAUCAUAAGGCCCCAAAAAAUGAUUUCAUUGCCCUUUUUUUGCUUGAAAUUUAUUUCAAAAAUGUGUGAAAUAAAGAAAAGGCAGAAAUAUAAUUUUUCAUUGAAUAAAAUUUAAAAAAAUACCAAAUGUUGUUAAAGCCUCAUUUACAGUUCGAAAAAAAAUUGCAUUGAUGCGAAAAAAAUUACAUUGAUUUUUGAGUACCUAACUCGGGCAUGCGAAAAAACAAUUUGGUAUUCCCCACAAUAUUUUUUCAUACAAAAGAAUGGACCGGCAAUUGUUUUGCAUGCAAAAAAAUGGUGAGGAAUACCAAAUAUUUUUUUCGCAUGACCGAUUUGGGUACAAUCAAUGCAAAUUUUUUUUUUCGCAUGGUGAACUGUAAAUUAGGCUUGAACUGUUUUCACAAAUUAAUUAUAAUCGUCGAUUAGUAAAAAUAAUUUGCCAUGUUAAAUAAAACGAAAAAAUUCUUGUUUUGGAAAAUAACAACAGAGAGAAAAUCAUUUUUCUUCAAAACAAAACAUCUAGAGAAAAAAUCUGCAAUUUUGUAGCAAAAAUCCAUUAUUAUUAUUAUUUUUUAAAAAAAAUUCUAAGAAAACGAAUAAAAAUACAACGAGAAAAAUGCCAUUUCGUACAAAUUUAAAACCAAAGAAAUUGUUAGUUCGAAAAAAUUUCCCAUGAAUAUGAAAAUUCAUGGAAUUCUCUAAUAAAUUUUUUAAUUCCAAAGAAACCGAAUACAAAAACCAUUUCAACCGAAACUGAGCAAUUUCUUUUUGAUCAAAUUUGGUGAACUAGCUCAAAUUUGUCUGGGAAAUGGUUAAAUGUCGUCAUUGACAGACGUUGUCAAAUGUAUAUGUCGAAUAUGAUUGGCGCUCCAAUAAAAAUUCCCUUCGAAAUGUCAUUUUAUGACGUUUAGCUUUACAUGCGAUACAUUUCACCGAAAGAGAAAAAAAAGAGCUCAGAUUGGCACUGCAUCUUAUCGUCGUCGAGUGUGCGACGCAUAGAUUUUAAUUUCUACUGUAAGUCAAUUCAAUUGUCAAUAAAUAAACCGAACCCAACCGCAAACUCCAUCGGCUGGCAGAGUGCUAGAGUGAAUAUAUAAUUUAGUUAAUAAAAUAGUUAGCAUAUUUUUAGGUGAUUAAGUGUGUAUAAUGAUUACAUUAAGUGGAAGCAAAGGUCUUCGACAAUCGAGAUAUUUAUUGAUCAACAUUAUAUCGAGUGCAAAAUGUUUGUCCACGCAAACCGUUCGAAAUGCAAGACUGGCUGAAGUGGGAAAAUUGGUGGUACCAAAAGUGCACGAGAAGUAUGAAACGGGCCAAUUUUUUUUGCAUCGCGUGUUUGGCUAUCGGGGAGUCAUUCUAUUUCCGUGGCGUGCCAAAAUUUAUGACAGAAAUACGUAUACAACGCCUUAUGGCGAUUCAACCGCUGAAAAAACGUCGCCAAUUGCCAAUGAAACAGAUACAUUGAAUAAGGAUACGACGUCAACGGCGGCGACGGCUUCAGAUGAAGGUGUAACUAAAGGUAAACAAGGUUGGGAAAAUAUAGAAACAAUUAAAGAAUUUUCACCCACUGAAGGUGAUUCAACGAGGAAUGAUGGCAAAAAGGAAGUAUCGGUCGAUAUUCAAACCUACUACCAAGUUCUAAUUGACUCCAGAGAUUGUCCACAUGUCAGAGCCCAAACGGAAGCCGUCACAUUCUUGAGCAACAAAGAUUCGAAUCGAAAUUUGUAUGCAAUUCCUGGACUUGACUAUGUGUCCCAUGAAGAUAUUAUCCCUUAUUCGGUGUGGAAUCGUGAUCGCAAACCGUUGCGGCAUGAGCUGUUUGAUAAAUUUUUGGUGCACACCGGCAAGAACGAUGUUUCGUUCAAGGCAUCGGAAACGUUGUACGCGUGGCAGGAGAAAAAUCAUCCAUGGCUUGAAUUAACCGAGGUUCAUCGAGAAACAACUGAGAAUAUACGAGUGACUGUGAUACCGUUUUAUAUGGGCAGCAGGCAGACACCCCGUACACCAGUUCAUUGGUGGCGAUACAGCAUUCGUUUGGAAAACUUGGGUCAAUUGAGUGUGCAGUUGCGUGAGAGACACUGGAGAAUAUUUGCUCUGUCCGGCACAUUGGAAACAGUCCGAGGCCGUGGUGUUGUUGGCCAAGAGCCAAUACUCAAUUCACGGGCACCAGCUUUUCAAUAUUCGUCGCACAUUAGUCUGCAGGCUCCAUCGGGCCAUAUGUGGGGUACAUUUUUAAUGGAACGAGAGGAUGGUAUUAGUUUCGAUUGUCGUAUUCCGCCAUUUUCCCUGGAUAGUACAUCCAAUUUGGAUACCAAUGAAUAUAAUGAAUAAGGCCUCUUUCCACCAUAAUCAUUCAAAUUUUCAUAAAUUUUGCUUCAAACCUCCACUUACAACGCUGUUCUCAAAUCGAACUGCAUAGGACUUUCUUUUUUUUUUGUUUAGAAAAAAGUAAAAAAAAAAUGCGAAAAAAACUAUUAAAAUUAUUUAAAGAACGUUAAAAAA